AUAGAUAAAUUUAGAAAUUUUUAGUUAUGAUUGAAAAACGUUUCGAAGGGGUGAAACCAUGGAAGAUAAGGUUUUGCCUUUUUUCUCGUAAACUCAGAAAAAUAUCGAACAAUGUUUUAUAUAAAGAUUUCACAGGGAAAUUGGAGAUUUUUUACUGCAAUGAGUUUUAAGUGUAUUUAUGCUACAGUGUAACCAAUAAGUUGCAUUAAUAGUUAUGAAAGCUUACUAAUUAAGCGUUUUGAUCCAAAAUGAAUCUUCGCGGUACUCGCAUGAUACACAAAUCACAGUUUCGAAUGAUAAUAAUCGCGUAACAAUCUUUCCAGUUAAUCUCGAAUGAUGUCAACACACAUUAUUUCAGUACGCAAAGAAAGUACCGUACUGUUCCGAGUCUCGAGUAGAAGUGAAGAGACGUCGGAAACGCGCGAAGGCGGUUUUGCAAUUGCGCUUGCGCCGAUCGAACGUAAAAGAGAGCCACGCGAAGUAAAAGAUAAUCGUUUUGUCACGCAAGUAAUAACGUUCACAUCUAGGAGUAACAGAUACAGUCACUAGCCAAAUAUAUGCCAAAGCUGUAAUUUGAGUGACUACAGUAAGCUAUUGUAAUUUUGCAACAGGUCAACACUUUAGUUUGAAUACGUAGAAAUAGUGAAUUAUUAUUUCCAAUCGAGCAUGGCAAAUCUAAGUGGUAACUCGUGGAAAGAAAUUCGACAUAAACGCGUUAUAUUUACACCUAAAUGGCAAAAUUGCCCAGUAAAUAAAUACUAUACAAUCAACCGAAUUUUGUUACUAUGCAUUGGCUUAUGGCCAUACCAAAAGUCUAGUCUCAGACAUAUCAUAAUAACAUUUACUACUAUAAUGCUGAUAUCAGGCGUCGCAUUUCAGUUAACGGCUUUCAUCACAAUGGAUUAUAAUGUAGAUAUUCUUCUACGAAUUCUCGCGUACAGCAUCCCAUGGCUAGGUUAUACAUUAAAAUAUAUUGUCUGCUUAUACAUAACACAGAUACGAGAUCUUAUGGAACGAGUACAAUGUGAUUGGAAUGGAUUAAACAACACGCAAGAAGUUGAAAUAAUAAAAGAAUAUUCUGCUGUCGGAAGAUUCAUUACAAUAAUUACAUCAUUGUUCAUGUAUACAUGUAUUUCUUGCUUCAUUCUGGUACUGUUUCUAUCAAACUUUCUUCUGAACGUCACAUCCAGUACAAAUGAAUCGCGUUUACGACAAUUUCCGGUCAUAAUAGAAUGUUUCGUAGAUCAUCAGAAAUAUUUUUUUCCAAUUUUAUUGCAACUAUGUGUUGUUGCUACAUGUGGUCUGACCACAGUGGUAGCCACAGAAACGAUUAAUAUGUCAUACGUACAUCAUGCGUGUGGUUUAUUUGAAGUAGCCAGCUGUCGCAUAGAACAAGCGCUGCACGAAAAUAUGGUACAAAGUAUUCCAUCUCCUAUCGAAAGAAGUUCGAUAAUAUAUCGAAGAAUAAUCGAUGGCUUCAAUAUGUAUAAAAGAGCCACCGAGUUUAUUGAAAUGUUAAAGGUGAUGUUUAAAUGGGCAUAUUCAGCACUGUUACCAUUAGGGGUACUAUCGCUGAGUAUUAAUUUGUAUCGGUUUUCUCGGUUGAUAUCGUCCAAAGAUUACAACGAGAUGAUCGUUAGUUUUAUGUUUAUCCUUGGUCAUUUUGGGUACAUGCUUUUUGGCAAUUAUUUAGGACAGCUAAUAAUUGAUCAUAGCGGCGAUGUAUUUUACAGAACAUAUAACGUGCAAUGGUACGUAGCCCCAUUAAGAGCGCAGAAGUUAUUAUUGCUCGUGAUGCAAAGGAGCAUGCGACAUUGCACAAUUAUCAUUGGUGGCUUAUUCACUCCGUCAUUAGAGGGAUUCGCUAUGCUUAUAAGUUCAUCAAUUUCAUACUUUGCGGUGAUUAUUUCUCUCUUUUGAUUAUCUCUCCACGUGAAAUGAAAGUUAAAGCUUCAAAUUCCACAACGCAAGUAGUAUAUUUAUACCAUGUGUUUUGCAUUUAAAAAUGUAUAUAUAUCUAUAUGUCAAGUAAUAAAAAAAGACUCAGAGUCUGAACAAAGUUGUAGUGUCCAAUAAAAUAAUUUUAAUUACAAAUGCAUAUAUACUUUUAUUCUAUUUAUACACACAUUUAUUAUAUGUAUAAAUAGAAUAAAAGAUGCAAUUAGCCUACUUUAAUCCGUAGUAUUUGUAUUAUUGUAAAAUAUAAUAAUAUACUUAAAAUGAAUAUAGAAGUAUAAUGUACGAGUAGUAUUAUUUUAACUUUUCGAUUGCUCUUUAGUAACAAUUAAUACAACUAUCGCUGCAUUUUUCAUUAUAUUGAAAAUAAUAGAUAUUACAAACUUAAAUAUUAUUACAAAGAUGAUUCUAGCAACAGAACACGAGCAUGAAAGCUUGCGUCGAAAAAAUUAUUAGAAUUGUAUAUGUAUGCUUAUUACUCUCAUCAAGACGUACGAGUAUCUUGCAUUUGCCAGAUGUCGUGAUAUCUGCUUGCAUUAUUGUUGUUAUCUUGAACCUAUACAUUGCAUCCACGCAAAAUCUAUCCAAAAUGAUAAUCUAUGUGAUUUUUACUGGAUCUAACGACGAUCAAAUAUUACGAAAUAAUAACUCCUUCGUUUUCUGGGUUAUUUUUGGUACCUGUCUUCCAAAACUGUUUGAGGUUGUAGACGAUUGAUCAUAGCGGCGAUCCUUCAUAAAACAUCACUUAACACGUUGAGCACCGAACAUAAUUCGCAUAAUUUUUCUGGCGACCCUAAAGUGAAAUUUUCACUAUUAGAUUUUCACAUUUUGAUACAAUAUUAUAUAAUAUAAUUUAAUUAUGCAAAAUUAUCAUGUGUAGUUUUAUAAUACAACAUUUAUUACUUUAGAAUGUUAUUUCAUCAUUAUUUAUAUUUUAGUCACAAAUUUAAAAUUACUAUUUUUUAUGAGCUUAAUGCAUUAAUGAGAUUGGUAGUAAAUUACUGUAAUAAUCGGCACUUGCACUUGCAACGUCGCCGCUACAAUUCUCGUUGACUAGCACAGCAUUCAACGCGUGUCAAUAUAUAAUAAACAAAAAUAAAUAUGCAUCAACGUUAAAGCUUUUAAUUACUGUCAGUAAAUGAUGGUUUUUUUAAUACGAAGCAUACAGCCCCAGUCACAUGUUGAAAUCGCAAUUGCUUGUAAAAACAUGUGCAACGUAGCAAGAUUGUGAGUGGUAGCUUGUUUGUUGCAUUCUAAGAAAAAUUUAUUAAGGAAAAGUCUCGACACUAAAUCAUGAAUCUUUUAUCAAUC